CACGAACUUGACGAUACUCCACAGCGUCCGUGAGUAGCUGCUGUUGGCGAUGGCACUUCGAAUCAGUCGCACAGCUCACCGCUUCCCCACCCCGCACGUCAGUCUAGCCAGCACGCACUACAAACCACGGCGCCUCAAUUGGUCGACUUGGAGAUACGUUCGCCAAUUCAGGCUGUACAUCGCAGCUUGCAUAUCGAUCAUCGUCAUGGCGACCCCGAGCUGUACGCGGAUGGGGAAGCAAGCAGAGCUUUGCGAUUGUCGCUGUGCCACCUGAUCGGAGCUACCCCAAAUCGCCCUGCCCCAGAGCUCCUUCGUGCUCGUUCAUAGCUCCUGGAGCUAGCUACCCCUCUGCUCAUCUGAAGCUCCUUUCUCUCUCUUCCGGACUGUACAAUCUCAUCUUUACACGUCCUCGUUUCCCCUCUCCAGCCCGCAAUUCGAGAUGGGCGGCCAGCUGAAAUCCUUCCUCGGCACCAUCAGGAGGAAGCCAACAAGAGCGGCCGAUGGAAGGUCUGCAGAGGCAACCAAUGGUGUGGCCAACGGUGAGAAGACGAGCAUCGGCCAUGACCUGAAACACCUCGGCCUCAAGAAUACCAAAACCGUUGUCGAAGCAGUCCCAACGCUGGCUUCCGGCGAGCCUCUCGACGACAAGGACCUGCUUCUCGAGCACGGCGUCGCUAUGCUCCAGGCUCUGCCGCUGAACAGUGGCCUCAGUGAGAAGGUAUCCGAUGGCUUCAUCUCGAUGCUCUGGCACGACCUCCCACACCCUCCUCCGACUUUGGCGGGUCCGGCGUCUCGAUACCGGCGACAUGACGGCGGCGCUAACAACCCGUGGGUCCCGGAGAUGGGGAAAGCGGGGUCGCCAUACUCCAGAAGUGUUCCACCGAUGAAGCCCAAAGGCCCGAACCUUCCCAAUGUCGAGGAUGUAUACGAAGCACUGCUCAAGCGCCAGGGUUCAUUCCGCAAGCACCCCUCUGGUCUCAACAGGCUCUUCUUCUCCUUCGCCACGGUCGUGAUCCACGAGUGCUUCCAAACGUCGAGGACGGACCCUUGGAUCAACGAGACGUCCAGCUAUGUCGACCUUAGCACGCUAUACGGGAAUACGGAGAAGGAGCAGAAGCGCGUACGCACUUACGAGAACGGCUUGAUCUAUCCCGACUCUAUCGCAUCGGAGCGCAUUAUGAUGAUGCCUCCGGGAGUCAUCGCGGUGCUGCUUAUGUUUUCGAGGAACCACAAUUACAUCGCCGAAAGCCUCUUUUCCAUCAAUGAAGACGGCAAGUACAAGCCCUGGGAUGGGCUGGACGAUUCCAGCAAGACAUGGCAAGACGAGGACAUCUUCCAGAUCACGCGCAACAUCAACGUCGGCUUCUUCGCUUCGGUCGUCUUGAGGGACUACGUCGCCGCCAUCCUCAACACUCCCCGCGCCGCCUCCGAGUGGUCGCUCAGCCUGGGGAAAGAGAUCAAGGAGCGCGGCAAGCGCGUCGAGCGUGGCUCCGGCAACGUGGUCUCUGUGGAAUUCGCCGUUCUGUACCAUUGGCAUGCAGCGUUGAGCGCCGCCGAUGAUAAGUGGAUGGAGGAUAUCAUCCGGCGGACGUUCCCUGACAUCAAGUCUGUCGACGAAGUCACUGUCGAGAUGUACCACAAGAUCAUGAAGGAAUACGGCACCAAACUCGUGACGACGGAGCCUAGGAACUGGACGUUUGGCGGCCUUGAGCGAGGGUCCGACGGACGCUUCAAGGAUAGCGAACUCGCUGAGCUGAUCAAGAGCUGCAUUGAAGAGCCGGCUCACGAGUUUGGCGCCCAUGGCACACCAGCCAGCCUCAAGAUUGUCGAUGUCAUGGGUCAGUUACAGGCGCGCAACGUGUUCAAUGUGUGUACGCUGAACGAGUUCCGCCGCUACCUCAACCUCAAACCGUACGAGACUUUCGAGGACUGGAACCCCGACAAGCAAGUAGCGCGGUCCGCGGAGCUUCUCUACGGCCAUGUCGACAAUCUUGAGCUCUAUCCCGGCUUGAUGGCCGAAUGCACGAAGCCAGCUAUGCCAGGUAGUGGUGUCUGCCCAGGACAAACGACUGGCCGAGGCAUCUUGGACGAUGCGGUUGCUCUAGUUCGUGGUGACCGCUUCUUGAGCUACGACUUCAGCAGCACCACGUUGACACACUGGGGAGCAGCUAAGCUUCAAGACACGCCGCCGGGCUCCUACGGAGGUAUGCUUCCUAAGCUCUUCUUUAACGGGCUUCCCGGCGCGUUCACCGGCACUUCCCCAUACGUGCUACUCCCGUUCUAUACACCAGAGGCCGCCAAGGGUAUACUCAAGGGGAACAAUGUCUUGGAGAAGUACGAUCUCGCCCGACCACCCAGCGAUCGCGAACUCAUCAGCGUGCAAACCAAUGAAGGCUGCAAGAAAGUCUUCGAAGACCGCGAUAACUUCCGCGUCAUGUACCAGGCAGCUAUUCGCAACUGCACCGCCGGCCACGACUUCAUGAUUGGCUGGGACGACGCGAAGCGGCACGACGACAGGUCCAACAUCCUGCACAAGGUCUUCUUCGAGGAAGGCUUCGAGAAGAACGUCAGCGCAUUCUUCAGCGCCAACGUCAAGACGCUCAUUCAGAAGAACUCGCUGUCUUUCUCGAAGGGCAGAAAGUCCAUUGAUAUCGUACGCGACGUAACCAACAUCACGCCCAUCCUCUGGCUCGCCGACCGUUUUGCGCUUCCGCUCAAGACUCCCGAACAGCCGCGCGGUCUUUUGUCGAUCUACGAGGCGUUCACAGCGUACCUCGUUCUGUUCAUGUAUCAAAGCUUCAACAUCAUCCCUGGGAAUGAAUGGAAGCUGCGUGAAGGCGCCAUGAAAGCCGCCGAGCCAUUGCGCAAGAUCUUCGAAGCCCACUUGAAGACACAAUCCGGAGCAAAGGAGGCUAUUGUCGACUGGCUAGCAAAAGGUAGCGCAUUCGAAGUCAGACCAAACGCUGACCGCAUAUACCAUGGUCUCCUCAAUACCAAGCUGCCCAUUGGCGAUAUGGUGGGCGACUGUAUCGGCAUGGGCGCGCCUGUUGCUGGUAAUAUCACGCAACAGGCUUCCCUGCUCAUCGACCUCUUCCUAAGCAAGGGGUAUGAGCAGUACAAGGAGCGCAUCAUCGAGCUGGCAAACAUGGAUGAGGAAUCUUCAGACCGAGAGCUGCAGGGCUUUGUGUACGAGGGCAUGCGCCACGCUGGUGUGGUUCCGGGCCUACCGCGUGUAGCCGCUCGAGACAUGACAGUAAUCGACGGCGUGCGUGGACCCGUCCACAUCCCCGCCGGGCACACCGUGCUCAUCGCAACCUCCAAAGCCGCUAUGGACCCCGCGGCGUUCCCCGAACCAGAGAAGCUGAACCCGCACCGGCCAUUCAAGGACUACACUUUGCUGGGCCACGGGCUGCACUUCUGCUUUGGGGCCCGGCUCGUGGGGUGCUCGCUCGCGGCGACGUUGAGGGAGGUGUUCAAGUUGAAGAAUGUGAGGAGGGCACCGGGGAAGCAGGGACAGUUUACGAUUACGGAGCAUGAUGUUGCUGGAGUUAAGAUGAGGCAUUAUUUGGAUGCGAGUUCGAGGGAGAGUCCGAUUCCGACAUCGCUUACGCUGCAUUAUGAUGAGUAGGGAUACGUGGUCGAAGAUGGAAUAAUAUUGUGGUGCCGCCGUUGGGCUAGUGAAGGUUUUAUGGGUAAAUUGUAAGGACUUAAUGACAUGCAUGCUAUCAUCAUG